AGUUUCAUCGUGAUGAUGCAGCGGGAAAUGAGAAAGAGCUCCACCUGUUUCUACUUGGCAAUACUGGCCAUUGCUGAUACCAUUAUAUUGUACGUCAGUGGCCUGAAGACUUGGAUACGGGCAUGGUCAGGAUUCGAAAUGCUUCAUGUUUCAGGAUUGGUUUGCAAACUACUCUACUUCUUGAUUCAUUCCUGUCUACAUUUUUCAGCUUGGUUGAUCGUUGCUGUCACCAUUGAACGUUUCAUUGCAGUUUGGUUCCCUCUGAAGGCUCCAAGUUUUUGCAGUCUUCUGAGGGCUAAGGUGAUAACAAUGUUUAUAGCUGGGAUCAUUGCCUCUGUGAACAUCCAUAUAUUCUGGACUGCAGAAUUGGUUCAUGCUCCCAACUCACUGAAUCCUGACAAAGUCCAGUGCAGCGCUUACACGUACAAGAACAUCAUAUGCGCCGUAUUCCCAUGGGUAAACCUCACCAUUUACUCCUUGUUACCCUUCACGGUUCUCCUCAUUUUCAACAUCCUAAUUAUCAUAAGUCUCGUGAACCACAGAAAGGCAAUCAUGGGAGCGAUGACACGAGAUGACCAGAUUCAAAGAUACAACCAUCGCAAACUCGCGAUCACUCUACUGGCGAUUUCCUUCAUCUGGAUAUUUACUACUAUCCCUUCAACUCUGUAUGGCGUCACAGCGCGGCGCUCGAUGAGCACCGAGGACGACGCCAUAGGAAUGCUUAUCAAAGUUAUCUUUUACCUCCUCAUGUAUUUCAACCAUUCAGUUAACUUUCUGCUGUAUUGCAUCACUGGGCAACGAUUUCGCAAAGAGCUUGUGCGCCUCAUUUGUAGGGCACAGAAUAGGCAACCACGGGCGAAGCUGGUCUUCAAAACCAGUGGUAACGGUAGUGGUCAGAGUGGGAGUGGCCAGGACAGUACACAUCCACUCAUGAAUAAUUUGUACAUGGACACGGUCAACUCUGACAAGAACAGCUAA